GUCCUACAUAAAGAGUGCGGGACAGGGAGCCGGGCGGCACACACGGGGCAACACACCUUUCUGCACACACACGACAAAGGCACAGCAGCAAGAAGAGUAAGGAGAAGAGUGGCAUAGAGUAAGGAAGAGAGGGGGUAAGGACAAAGGAACAGAGGCAGGGAAUAACUAAGAAGAUAUGGUACGCUCAUGUGAACAAGGGAUCCCUGCCUGGGUCUAUGUGGGCACUCUGCUCCUCUUAAUCCACUCUGUCACAGUUAGAGGAGCUGCCCUGAAACAGGAGGCAGUGUUGGACAAUUGGGCCACGGUACUGAACCACUCUAUGAGUUUGGUGCAGCGUAUGGAGACCCUGCUGGCCCUGGGGAACGGCAGUGAUGUCACUCUCCGGGUGCAGACCAUCAACACGGACGAGGUGAAGGUGAUCCAGGCCCACAGUCUGGUUCUGGCGCUGCAGAGUGAUGUGUUUGAGGAACUACUGCUCACUCGCAACAACAGUGCUCUGGUUUUGAGGGAGACGCCCGACUGUGCAGCUGUCUUUGACAAGUUUGUCAGGUAUCUGUACUGCGGUGACAUCUCAGUGCGGCUAGAUCAGGCCAUUUCUCUGCAUAAGCUGGCCAGCAAGUAUCAUGUGUGGGCCUUGCAACAGGGUCUGACCCAGUAUAUGACCCAACAUCUGUCUAGUGAUUCACCCACAGGCCAUGUCAUUGGCUGGUACAACUAUGCAUUACAAAUUGGGGACAUGGUCCUGCGGGAUAGCUGCCUGCAGUACCUGUCCUGGAACCUGUCUUCUGUGCUGCAGAGCGGAGAAUGGGGCUCCAUCAGUGAAGACCUACUCCUCUCCUUGCUCCAGCGCUCUGACCUCAUUCUUCAGAGUGAGCUGGAGCUCUACGAGGCCCUGGAGGCCUGGAUUAGCCAGAACCAGCCAGUCAGUUUGACAGUGGAAAGUGCCCUAAGGGCUGUUCGAUACGGCAUGAUUCCCCCUCAGCACCUCUUUCGUCUUCAGAAGCAAUCCCCCCUCAUGCAGAAGCAUUACGAGUCUAUCCGUGAUCUACUCUACUUAGCGUUCCAAUUUCACUCCGCCUCACCUAUCCAACUGGCCAAGUACUUUGAUGUCAACUGCAGUAUUUUCACUCCCCGUAACUACCUGUCCACCUCCUGGGGUUCCCCUUGGGUCAUCAAUAACCCCACCCGUGAUGACCGCAGUUUUAGCUUCCAGACCCAGCUCGGGCCCAGCGGCCAUGACUCCAGUAAGAGAGUGACCUGGAAUGCCCUAUUCUCCCCUCGUUGGUUCCCACUCAGUGCCAGGUCAACCUAUACUGAGCUGGGUGCCAUGCAGCCCACACGCACAGAUGGAGGUCGACCUCGCAUCAUUGUAACACCAGCCACUUCUAGUCCAGACUUUGCUGGUGUGAGUUUCCAGAAGACGGUGAUCGUGAUGGCAAGACAGCAAGGAAAAGUGGUGGUUCGUCACGUCUACAACUUCCACCAAAGCACAGAGGAGGCCGGGGAUUUCCUGGUGGAUGCUGACCUGCAGCGCCGUGCAUCAGAGUACCUGAUUGACAGCUCCCUCUAUCUGCACAUUGUAAUAAAACCUCUCUACCAUACCCUCAUUGUUGCCAGGAAGUAAAUGCAGUAACCAUUAGUUAUCCACCCACACAAUCACAUGCACAAAUUCCAAAGUAAACUCAUAUACCAGCACGUGUUUAUGCGUCAUGUCUGUGACAUCUCCAUUGUUGAUUAGUUUCUGCAUUUUGUUGUCUUCCAACUAUUCAGCAAGGAAGUGUUUGUACAAUAAAGGACUCACAAUUAAAAGAAAACAACAACAAA